GCUGAUUUGUCUUUGUCAACCCAUCCUCUCGUCUGCAGGCUUUCACAUCAAGCCGCCCCUCCAAGCAGACGCACCCACACACGGACACGCUUAUUUGUCCACCCCCCAGGCCGGUUCGAGACAGACUCAAGGGGUCGACGUAUCACGGCGCUCAAGUUCCAUUGUCCGUCCGUGCUUGUCGGACUAAGCGGGUGUCGCGGUCGACCCUUUGACUUUGUGUUUGCCUGUCUGUCCGUCUGCCCUCCUGAUUGGGCGUCGGUAACUCGGUGCGGCCUACCUCCAGCCCUCCAGUCAGCACUCAACUGCACCCGGCUGACUCUCGUUCCACAGUCAAGGCUGUCGCACAGCUUGAAAUCCGUCUGUCUCGAGACGCGCUCUGGCAGGCACGUCAACACGACUGGCGAAAGAGGCCUUUAUGAUGAUGAUGAUGAUGAUGAUGAUGAUGAUGAUGAUGAUGAUGAUGAUGAUGAUGAUGAU